AUGCACCACACGAGAAAGAGAAACAAGACCAAACCAGUGGAUGUAAAUAUUCAAGUAUUUCCUAUACCUAUUGCGAGAACUAUGAGGUUUUUAGGGGACAAUACGAAGAAUAUUCUAAGUUCCUUUGUGGUUAGCUAUGAAUCCGUGACAUUGCUGGGUUUGGCUGCUCUGGCAAUCAAGUUUUUGAUCCCUGUUGGUCUGAUCAAAUGUUGA